CAGCCACGGCUGUUGCCCACUGCAAGAGAGGAAAUGGCCUCAUCAAAGUGAAUGGAAGACCUCUGGAAAUGAUCGAGCCCAGAACUCUGCAGUAUAAACUGCUUGAGCCUGUCCUCCUCCUGGGGAAGGAAAGGUUUGCUGGUGUUGACAUCAGAGUCCGUGUGAAGGGUGGUGGCCACGUAGCGCAAAUCUACGCUAUCCGUCAAGCUAUUUCCAAGGCUUUGGUGGCUUACUAUCAAAAAUAUGUUGAUGAAGCUUCCAAGAAAGAGAUCAAGGAUAUUCUAAUCCAGUAUGAUAGGACUCUGCUGGUUGCAGAUCCUCGCCGCUGUGAAUCCAAGAAAUUUGGAGGACCUGGUGCUCGUGCGCGCUACCAGAAGUCUUACCGUUAAAAUUGUCCUGCUGUCAUGUGACAGUCAAUAAACAUAAAGAAUUUGAUAAAUU